GCGAACAGACACUCUUUCCAGCCUUUCCGCAAGCUGGAUGCCAUUAGGGUCUUGGAGUUCUGGUUGGACCAGUGGGUCAGCUUGGAUGAGAUGGAGCGCCAAGGUGUGAUUAACAGUUACUAUCCUUGCCCAGAUGCGGACGACCUCGAAAAAAUGCACGCGAUGAUGCUGGCUCCCUCCCGAUUUGGAAGACCUUUGCAAGCAUCUGCUGUUGAGCUGAUGAAGAACUACUUUGGAGAGGAGAUCACCUUCUACUUCCGCUUCGUGUCCUUCCUCUGCGCCGCUUUGCGCCUCGGCAUUGAUCUGAGCAGUGAUACCAUGCACUUACAUCAUCCUCUGAACUUUGCCAAGUUGAACAGCUUUGACUUCGCUUAG